ACACACACACACACACACACACACACACACACACACACACAGUCAGAUCUCAGUAAACAAGCUGGUGAAAGUGAGCAGACAGCAGGACGUUAACAGGAGCUCACAGGAGCAGAGAUGGGUCCUGGGAGGAAGCUGGACGUCCCGGUGAGCGACCUUUCUCUGAUCAGAGGGAUCUGGGAGGUCCGAGUGAAGAAAUACAGACAUAAACAGAGGAAGGAGCAGGAGAGGCUCGAGAGGAGCGCAUUGCCCAAGAUCGACCAGCAGUGGCAGUAUCGUAUCUACUGUAAGGCACUGAAGACCAAGGAACUCAACCAGCUGCACCAUUACCUGGAGAGAUCUACACUGACUGAUAUACAGCCCUGCACAGAAGCAGAGCAGCAGGAUCAGAAAGAGUUAGAUCCGGAGCAGAAGCUGAUCUUCCAGCUGGAUGGAGAUCAGUGGAGGGACUUCCCCAAGGAGUUGCAGUGGAUGACGUACCUGAAAGAGUGGCACGUCAGUGGGACAAAGAUCAGUCGGCUGCCUGAGUACCUGGCUCUGUUCACCCAGCUCACCGUGCUCGAGAUCCCCAAAAACGCCAUCGCCGAGCUGCCACCUGAGAUCGGAAAACUGACAGGUUUGAGGGAAUUAAAUGCCAGCUACAACCGUCUGUCCAGAGUUCCUCCAGAACUCGGAAACUGUGAGAACCUGGAGAGACUCGAACUCACAGGAAACCACAACCUGUCCCAGCUGCCCUUUGAGCUGAGCAGCCUAAAGCAGAUGGCUCACCUGGACAUCGCGGAAAACAGGUUCACAUCCAUCCCCAUCUGUGCUCUGAGGAUGAGCAGCCUGCGGCUGCUGGACCUGAGCAACAACAGUCUGACUGACCUGCCGCAGGACAUGGACAGGUUGGAGCAGCUGGUCACCCUGUUCGUCCAUAACAACAACCUGUCUUACCUCCCUCACUGUCUCACCAACAUCUCCACACUCAAGAUGAUUGUCGUCAGCGGCGAUGAGCUCACCUGCAUCCCGACUAAACUGUGCCGAAACCCCGAAAUCAAGUUUAUCCGACUGCGAGACAACCGUGCGAACGCAGAAAAGAAGAAGAAAGAAGAGGAGAAGAAGAAAGAGAAGAAGAAGAAACAGAGGUGGAGAGAGCAGAGAGAGGAGGAGGAGGUGAAGAAGGACAGCAGAGAGAAGGAGUUCAUCGAGGUGUACAUCAGCUCGCUGAAGGGCAGAGACACAGUCCCUGAAUCCACCACCAAGGUCUCCAUCUCCUGCCUGCUGUGAGGAAGAGGAGGAGGAGGAAGAUGAAGCUGACGUCUGUUAUCACGUGAGAGACUGAAAGAUAAUUUGAAGCAGCAUUUUCAAAGCAGCACUAGAAAAGAUACAAAAUCACAAUAACACGGUUUCAUUCAUGGGAUACCGGACUCACAUCUAUAAAACGCAGCGCAUUGCAUUGUGGGAUUGUUAGCAGAAAGUAAUGUUGGCCUACAUGCUGUCGACCAAAGCUUAACACUGUGAAGUUCAUUCCUGCCAAGGG